UCUCCAGUGCGGAAUAAUACGCGCGAUUACAAGCGGAGAGGCGAAAAGCUCUGUAGACGCGGCCAAGAUGUUGUUGGAGAAGCACGAUCUCGCCGUAGACUCGAAGACGGUCAGGAACCCAUUACGAUCCGCGGGGCUGACCGCCGUGCAUCAGCCCAAGAAACCCAGGCUCUCAUCGAAAAACAUCCGAGAUCGUCUAGACUUCGCGCGGGCGCAUGCCGAGUGGACGCUGGAGGACUGGAAGCGGGUGAUUUGGUCUGACAAGACGAAGAUAAACCGCUACUGCUCCGACGGACGUGUUUAAGGACCAUGUGUGGUACUACUUUGGU